AGAAAGUUCCAACCGGCAUUAAUGUGUUCACUCCAUCCACCACACCACCAACAUCCAGAGUGACAUCAAUGAAUGGUGCCUACUGCUGAUGGUACGUAUAUUCGGCGUCGCCUGGUUUAGUUUUCCCACAUCAGUGCUGACCGAGUCGCCGUCACAACGCUGCCAGACAACCAAGUUAGUCGGUCAUCGGCGAUUGAUCAGACUAGACUUGAACUUCCAGUGUCCGCAAAUUGGGGUACUUUUGUCGCGAAUCGUACAAACAAUCACGCGCAUUGUAUUGCGGUAACUACAUGUCUACAUACGUAGGCACACAAGAUGCUAUCGGUAUUUAUCCGCUUGUAUGAUUAAUCGAGAGUGUGAGUCCGUUGCGGUGACUAAUAGUAGCAGUGAAAUCAAAGGAUUUAUUAUAAAACGCCGAAGAAACUGACGGCAGAAAGUGACCUCAUCAUAAGCGCUGAUUGAACAUACCGUAAAUUAUCGUCACCAACCGAUUGGAGUGCCUUCUCAUCGUACGCUUAGAAUAAUGGCCCCAGACAUUGCAGAUCCUACCGUGGCUCCCACUAGUCAUCAGUGCAGCAGCAGUAACACUUCCACCACCUCAAGCACAGCAUCGCCGUCAGUGGUGCAACAGCGGAUAGUGAGUUCCAGUACCAAAGCAAAUCUAGUCAGUAGCAAAGAUGACAAUAACAACCAAAUCGAACCGAAACCAAACGCCUCCAGUGAGGAAUUCCGGUCGCAAAUCCGGUGGCCAGAUUUUUUCGCACAACUUUUCCUGCACCUGGGCGGUCUCAUUGGUCUGUGGUACCUAGUUACGCUUCAGACCAAAUUGUAUACCGCUUUGUGGACACUAGCUUUAGUUUGGGCCUCCGGCCUUGGUAUUACGGCAGGAGCUCAUCGUCUGUGGUCACACAAGUCAUAUAAAGCGAAAUGGCCUCUGCGUUUGCUACUAAUGUUCCUGUUCACCAUAUGUGGUCAGCGCGACGCCUACACGUGGGCUCACGACCAUCGAGUGCACCAUAAGUAUUCGGAAACUGAUGCCGAUCCGCACAACGCGAAACGAGGUUUCUUCUUUGCCCAUGUUGGUUGGGUAUUCUUGACUCCACAUCCGGAGGUUGUGGCCAAGCGGAAGAUAAUCGACAUGAGUGACCUGGAGGCGGAUCCCAUCGUUAUGUGGCAAAAGCGAUACUACAUUCCACUGUUUGCCCUGCUGGCCAUUGGCAUUCCGGUGUUCAUUCCCUACUAUUAUUGGUCCGAAAACUUUUGGAUAGCUUUCUGGGUGUGUUUUACCCUUCGCUUCAUUACCACCCUCAACAUUGCAUUCUUCGUCAACAGUGUGGCGCACAUGUUCGGAAACCGUCCGUAUGAUAAGAACAUCAGCCCGGUGGAGAACCUCUCGGUUGCCAUCGCUGCCAUGGGAGAAGGCUGGCAUAACUAUCAUCACGUGUUUCCAUGGGAUUACAAAACGGGUGAAUUGGGCAGCUACAUGUUCAAUGUAACGACCGGAUUCAUCGAUGCUUUCGCUCGGCUGGGAUUAGCUUACGACCGCAAAUCCGUAUCUCCACAAAUCAUCGAACGAAGGGCAGCCAAGUAUGGUGAUGGGACUCGGUUCUUGACGGACGAGUAUGCACACAAGGAUCCUGUGUGGGGUUUUGGCGAUGAAGAUAUCUCCAAAGACGAUUUGGAGGACAUUGAACUGCUUAAGAAUUAGGCUUUAAGUAAUUGCCAUGCCUAAGUAUUUUGCAUGUGAUUGUUUCGUAAGCUGCUGGCCAUUGUACGAAAUACAAUACUAAGUGAGAAGUAUUUUGAGCUCAAAUAAGGACAAAAAUGUUACAAUAAAUCGUAAUGAAUCAAAUGA